GAUCACCACACGCACAAAGACAGGGUUUACCCCUACAAAACGUACGAGGAGACAUCUCUUGUAAGCAUUUUGGGUGUUUUACCAUCUGUCAAAACAAGAACCAAAGAUGGCGAAGAGAAGAGCGGCUGGAGCCUCCAGGGAGACCAGGCGAAGACGAUGGUGGCACCUGAGGCAGAGAUGGAGGAUGCUGGGAGUGUUUGAGAUCAACCAAGAGCAUGAGUACUACCAUCUGACCGCCAAGAUCAAAGAAGGCAUGCAGGCGUCCAUUCAGACCACUGCAGACACAUCUGUUCAGGAUACACUCAUCGCUGAACAUGUCAAGGCAGAGGAAACUCACACCCAUGAGGGUUUUGAGAUGAAGACGUUUGCAGCACCUGUCUUUGCUAAACUGAGACAUUCAUUGGACAUCUCAGAGGAGGAAUACAUGACGUCUCUCUGCUCAGGCGACUGCUACCUCCAGUUUGUCAGCAACUCCAAAAGCAAGGCAGAUUUCUUUAUCACGAAUGACAAGAGAUAUUUCCUGAAGACACAGAGCAGACGAGAGAUCAGAUUUCUGCUGUCCAACCUGCAGGCAUACAUGGACCACCUGGAAAAAUAUCCUCACUCACUCUUAGUGAGGUUUCUGGGCGUCCACCAGAUCAUAAUUCCAAAUGAAAUUAAGAAAUAUUUCAUUGUGAUGCAGAGUGUAUUUUACCCUGACGAGAGGAUCAACAUCAGAUACGACAUGAAAGGUUGUGAGGUGGGUCGAUGGACGAACCCUGACACAGGAGGGAAACAGAUCCUCAAAGUGCUGAAGGACAAUAACUUUGAGGGACAACACAUUGCAUUGGGUCCGGAGAAAUCCUGGUUUGCUAGUCAGGUGAAAGUGGACUCUGCCUUCCUGCAGGAGCUGAAUGUGUUAGACUACAGCCUCCUGCUGGCCCAUCAGCCUCUGCACCGGGACGAACUGGAAGGGAAACACUCUCUGGCUAACUUUGUCGUCCGCACCACAAAGUCUUUUGACUUUGAAGAGAGUCCGACACACGCAGACCCCCCCACUGUCCCGUUACUGGAGGAGAACAUGGCUGAGGUGUCACCUGAUGUUACAGACUCUGAGGCUGGCCGGCCUCAGGCAGCGGCAGCAGCAGCAGGUGAGGGCUCAGGUGAAGAGAUCCCUCUCCAGGAGAUAAACAGCUCAGAGACCAUGACCAGGAGUAACUCAGAGCUGCAGGACUUUCAGGAGCAUCAUCGCAGGCUGCUACCAAACUGCAAAAAUGCUGUUCAUGUGAUUGAUGGUGCGGACCUGCGCUACUUUGUGGGCAUUAUAGAUAUUUUUACCGUCUACGGCUGGAAGAAAAGACUGGAGCACCUGUGGAAAAGUCUGCGGUACCCCGGAAGAGCAUUUUCAACGGUUAGCCCUGAUAAAUACUCACGCAGGUUCUGUCAGUGGAUUCAGGCCCACAGUCAGUGACUAAAUCCACAAAACACUGAUCACUGGUACACAGACAUUUCUGUUUCACCCCUAGCAUCCAUCAGAGGGCCCUGUGACACAUUUUUAGCUCUGGAGAAUUCCACUGCUUCAUCAGGUCUCUGAUUUGUCAGGAGCAGCUCACACCUUAGCAGUGAAAUUUACUUCACAUAAAUACAACUACUGACAACAUUUACUGACUUAUUCUUUACAUACUUAAAGCUCCUGUGAGGAGUUUUUAGCUGCUUAGACUGAAAUAUAGAAUGAUGCCUUUUUAUUACCUACAAAAGCAAAUGUGACCAUCAGCAACAAUGCCUGUAACCGCAGCAUGAGAGAACGUGUCAAACUGGAUGAUUGAUGGUAGGCUGAAGAAAAAGCUCCUUUUUACUUCUUCAGUGUGCUAUAAACCAUCUCGUCUGACACUGAUCCCUGUCAGUGGUUAUAGGAAUUCAAGUUACAAUAAAGAUUUUCAGACUGGUCUCAGAUGUUUGUUUUCUUUUGUAGGUCAUAAAGAGACAUCACUGUUAACUUCAACACAUUUCAAAAUGAGCUUAACUUCACAGGAGCUUUAAAGUACAUCCAGUUACAGUAAGCUAAUGGCCGUUCACACCAAAUGGGAAUGAAGUCAUUUGUGCCAGUGAAUCACAUGGAAAGUCAAUGUGGAGACACAAGUAUUCGUGAGUUCUUGUUGGGUGGCGGGAAUGACAGGAAUUGGGUAGCAUGAAUUAUAUGAAUUAACUUAAUUACACACAUAUUUGCUAGAGUUGAAAAAUCUGAACUCCGGAGAAUCAUUGGCUCUGCUAAAACCAGUCAGAGUGCAGAUCAUCAGGUGACGUAUGCUUAGGGCUGGGCGAUAAUUCGAUAAUGAUAAUUAUGCAAUAUAAUUUUUCUCAAUAUAAAUAUAACAAAUGUUCGAUAAAAUGUGAUAUAAAUAAACC